GGUUUGGACCAAUCGGCGGCGCGCACGGUGCGCGUGCGCAGUGCGUGCUGGAGCGGCGCCUCAGGCCUGAGGCGGAGCGCGACAUGGAGCCGGGAUACGGCGGUUAUGGCUCCUGGAGCACUGGAGCGACCAACACGCAAGAGCUGAAUCCGUCUUUCUUUUCUCCCUCAGGUACCUACGCAACGGGCACGACGAGCUGGCAAGGCAUGGCGGCAAAGGAGAACUACGAGGGGUCCUCGUGGCAGAGCUGGCAGUCCCAUUAUGAGAGCCCCAGGGCGGACAUGGGGAAGGCUGCACAAGGCUAUGAAGGCUACGACUACUACAGCGCCCCGAGCACGGCCUCCGGCACCGCUGCGACCUACAGCUACGGCCCCACCACCACCCCCAGCUCUUGGGACACCCCCAAAGCCCCCGAGCUGCCCCUCAGCGACGUUGGCAUCACCUCCUACAGCAGCGAACCCGCUCCCAGCGACAACUCCGACUCAAUCAUCGCCAAAAUCAACCAGCGCCUGGACAUGCUGUCCAAGGAAGGCAGCGGCGGCGCCGGGGAGGGUGUGGAUGAGCAGGAGAGCUCCUUCAGGUUUGACUCCUUUGACUCCUACGACUCCCGAUCCUCCCUACCUGACCACGACACCUUCCGCUCCCCUUACGACUACGAACCCGGUCCCGACCGCUCCGAUUCCUUUGGGAGCCACUUUGACGCUCGCCGGGAUCAAACCCGAACCCGAGGCAGCGCUUACGGCACAGCACGGGGCCGAGGCCAGAACCGACCACAGAACCGGGGCCGCCCCAAUGCUUACGGUCGCCCCGAACACUUCAUGCCCUCAUCCAGCUCCGAGCGGCUGUCGGCGCGAUGGAACGAGCUGAAUUACAUGGGGGGCCGUGGUGGGGGGCCCAACCGCCUGCCAUCCCUCUUCUCCCAAGCCCUGGUCCCUGAAUAUGGUGACUACGGGGACUACGGAGACUACGGGGACUAUGGGGAUUAUGGUGACUAUGGGGAUUAUGGAGACUACGGCGUGAUGGGGAUGGCAGGCAUGGGAAUGGGGCGGUAUGGGAGCGCACCCUAUGGAUACGGAGCGGGGCGGCAGCGCAGCCAGGAGCGGAUGGGCAGCAUGGCGUGGCAUGGGAACAUGCUGGGGCCGAAAAGGAGAGGAUUCCGAAACCGUUCUGGGCUCCGAUCCGACAGCGAAGGGGGACGCAAAAGGAAACAGUCUCAGAGCGGUGAUGAGCCUGACAGCAAACAGGCCAAGAGCGACAGCGAUGGCGACGACACCGACAAUGCAGAUGAGGGCGAAGGAGAGGAGAAGUCAGGAGAUGAAGCUGACAAAGGUGAGGGGGGCGGCUGUGGCAGCGCGGUGGAGGAAGGAUCCGGAGAUGGAUACGAGGAUGAUGAUGAGGAGAUGAAGAAGAAGAGGGAGAAGCAGAGGAGGAGGGACAGGAUGCGUGACCGCGCCAUGGACAGGAUCCAGUUUGCCUGCUCUGUCUGCAAAUUCCGCAGCUUUGAGGAAGAGGAGAUCCAGAAACACCUCCAGAGCAAGUUCCACAAAGAGACCUUACGCUACAUCGGAACCAAGCUGCCCGACAAGACAGUCGAGUUCCUGCAGGAAUACAUCGUCAACAGGAACAGGAAGAUUGAGAAGCGUCGCCAGGAGCUGACGGAGAAAGAGGGUGUGAAGCAGAAGCCGGAUCCCUUCAAGGGCAUUGGGCAGGAACACUUCUUCAAGAAGAUCGAGGCUGCUCAUUGCAUGGCCUGUGACAUGCUGAUCCCUGCCCAGAACCACCUCCUGCAGCGGCACCUGCGCUCUGCAGAACACAACCGGAACCGCAGGAUGGCUGCCGAGCAGUUCAAGAAGACCAGCCUGCACGUGGCCAAGAGCGUCCUGAACAACAAACACAUAGUGAAGAUGCUGGAGAAGUACCUCAAGGGUCCCCAGGCACGUCACCGGCACCGCCGUCACCUCCCGAACGACGGCGUCCCACACUGCCGGCAGAGCUAAGCGCGUCGGCGGCCCGGGAGGAGAGCGUGGAGCCACCCCGGCGCCGUCCUCCGUACCGUUCCCAGGUGCCUAAAGCUGAAAAAAGGGGAAAAAACUGAAGGAUUGCAGGUAAUGCCCGAAAGCCGCCUCGUCCCCAGCGGAGCCGGGGCGCUGCGUGCCAGGACUGCCCCCCUGGGCACAGCCGGCGGGAGGACCGAGGGCUCCGCUCGCAGCCGGCGUUCCCGUAGCUUUUCCCGGUGAUAACCCGGACGCGGCUCCGGUGAAUCCGAGCGGGGAAGAGCAAAACAUUGCAUGGAUCGCACGGAGGCGGCCGAGCGUGGGGCUGAGCCUCCCAUCGGCUCCGUGGAGGGCGCGCAGCCCGCCCAUGUGGGGCCGUGGGGAGCGGGCAAAGCCUGUGGGGGCUGCCCCCCAGCCCUUCCUCCUCUCUGGGAGCCUCCAACGAGAGAUAAGGAGCUUUGAGAAUUAAAGCCACGCACACGGGGGCGGCCGGAUCCCCCCGGAGGAAGGCAGCGCUGUCAGAUCUCCUCCGCGCGCCUGUGGCCUAGAGCAGGGCCGCGAUUCGGGAUCUUGGCUUCUCCUGCUGAAUGUGUUUGGAUCCCCGCUCCCGGCAUCCCAUGGUUCCCGGCUCCGUGUCCUGGCCCCGCUCAGUGUAUCCUUCCUUAUGUUCUUUAUCCCAGGGGGAAGAUCCGUUCACGGAUGAGAUCCCGGAGGAAGGAGAAGGGGUGGAAGGAGCUGGCGGCGCUGCCGAUGUUGGGGGUGAUGCCAUCACUGAGCUCGGGGUCAACGCGGAUCCAUG